AUGAAUCAAAAACAGAGCAGAAGAAUCUCCCGAUUGCUCUGCUCCGCAGUUUUUGAUGCAUCACAGGGAGAAUGCCCAGCGAUGCAAGCUGCUCCCUUUUUUGCCCGAAAACAGAGUCUUCUAUCAUUCAAACUCGACACCCGUCAUGGCCAUCUGUUCACUCCCCUCUUUCCUAUGCAUGUUGGACCCCACUUACGAGCGACAGCGCACGUUCCGUUCGCAAUUGGGUCUAUGGUCAAAGCCGGCUUUAUCAGUCUCUGCGGUCCUCGACUCACCUCCCUAAACUCGUCUACAAUUUCACUACACCGCCACUGUGUUCUCGCCGCAUGCUCCCGCGCGCAGACCAUGUCGAUUCCUGGCAUUCCGGCCGACCGCGCCGCCCGCAACCGCCCGUGGGUCCGCACGAGCAAUGUGCACAACGCGCUGCUCACGAACCACUUCCUCGACUUGCUCGAGGUCCACGGCGAGGCGCACGGCCUCAUGCGCGAUGACGCGUACCCCGGCUACGACCCAGCCGGCUCGCAUGCCUUGCGCAUGCAGAGGCUAUCGAAUGAGUUUCGACGGCAGGUCAUGGGCGCCUUCGCGAGACGCCUUGGGGUGGCUGACGUCGCUUGCAUCUCGCCGGGGCCGGUGACCGGGUCGGCAACACUGGAGAGGGAGAGGACGGAGGAAGCGAUAAGAGAGCGCAGGCCGAUGAUUGUGGGAGGCGUCGUUGCCGAUGAGGAGUGCAGGCUUUUGGCGAGGAUACCGAUGCUUUUACGCGUGGAUGUUGCGGAAGAUCUGUUCGGUUGGAAAGUGAGCAAGGAAGAAGACGCGGGUGUGAACGAUUGCAUUUAUAUACCGGUUGGGGUAAAGCGGCGGCCGUUGGAGAUAAACCGGGAAGGUACAAUCCGUGGCAACGCGCUCGCCCGCAUGCAGGCGGAGAUGUGGUUGUGGAACCGUUUACUGGGCUCCGUUCAAGGGUACGAGCUUGGGACGGGCUUGCUCGUCGGCUUGCAUCCGAAGCGGAGAAAGGCAAUUCCGUUGGGCGCUUUUGUGAACGUGGUGGAAGACGGCGUUGCGGAAGGGAUGCGUCCGGUCUUUGAUGAGACCGUCUGGCGCGUCGCGAGAGUGCCUUUCAGCGACAUAGAAGCCUCAUACGGUCAAGAAGCCCAGGAGGCGUUGACGUGGCGUGUCAAUGUCAUUGACAAAGGUGAGGCUUGGAUUACUGCUGCCAUGGAGCGUGCAAUACUGGACGGGAAGGGGGAUGAGGGGAACGGGAUAGCGCAUCUUGCUGCGAGCGCGACGGAUCCGCGGCUGCGGCCAAACAUGAAGUGCCCAAGCAUGUAUGAUGCACCGUGGUCCAAGGCGAAGCGGAUGCUUGCCGAAGAGCUACGAGAAGUGACGAUGGUGUCCGGCGUGAGCUACUGGGCAAGGUCGGAAGCGAUGGGAAAAGGUGUUCCAAACGACUUUGCCCAUCCUCGCGUCACGGCGGAGGAGCUCGGCAUCAGUUCGCAGUUUACAAAGACCGUUCUGGAGAUGUGCAAACCCAGCUACCACGGCCCGCUCGUGAAACCGAAGCAGAUCCCGCACAACUGCUACAACUGGCGGAGGCUAGAGGUCUAUGACAAGAACAACAAGUUGAAGUUCGACAAAUCAGGGCCGGAGCUGCAGUUUGCUGACGAGCGGACGUUUUACAUAGAUUUUGAGCUGGCCUCACCCGAGCAUCUUUGCGUCGAAGUGGAGAAACGGAGAGAGGAGACAGCAGAGCAGAACGGGGAUUACAACCUCUACUUUGACGUUGAUCCCUCGGUGCCCAUCCAAGAAGACUCGACAACGGAUUCUCUGGUGUUCAUGAUCGGGUGCGGGCGCGUUCUGAGCGGGGAAUGGGAGCACCGAGUGUUUACCUCUGCGGCGCUGACGCAAGUGGCGGAGAGCGCUUUGAUCCGUGAAUGGUUCGAGUACAUGGACUCGGCGGUGCCGCGGCAGGCGAAGCGGCCGAUUCUGAACGUGUGGGGCCCGGAGAAGAACUUGCUGAAGAAGUCCGUGCGGCGGAUGUGCGGGGCGGACGCCGAGGCGGUGAAGCAGAUGCGGCACGUGGAGGUGGUGAACGUGCUGGACGUGAUGAAGACGGGGUGCGUGACGAUCCGCGGGAAUCUGAAAAACUCGCUCAAGAGCGCGUGCUGGACGCUGGACAGGCACGGGCUGCUAAACGAGUUUGCGCGGAGGGAGGACGAGGAUGUGGUGACGAACGGGGCCGACGCGAUGACGCUCGGGUUGCACGCUGCGGAGGUGACGGUGAGGGAAGGGCUCGGGUCGCUGAGGCAGGCGCCGAAAAUGGGGGAGGUUGCUCGAUACAAUGAGGCGGACUGUCGCGAUAUCGCGCGCGUGAUCACGUACUUGCGCAAGCAUCACUGA